CUCCUCGUUCUGCUGCAUACGAGCUUUGUGACGAAUUGUGCCCAAGUUGCUGUGGCAGCGCUAGUGGCAUAUGAGUGUAUCCGCACCCUCGGCCAAGGGAAAAUUUCAUAUGGGGUCGAAGGACUUAUGCAUUAUAUGUCUUCAUCUUUAACCAAUGCAUCAUGCUCGGCUUGGUGAUAGCAAACGUCGUUGAGAUGCUGCCUUUGACGACCAAUGCGGUACCCAGUUGCCAAGCAGUGGGAAUAUUUUACGAUAUUCUGCAGCUAAUGACGUUUCUGGAAUGGGCAGCUCUCGUCUCCUCGCGGGCAUGUGCCAUGGCUGCUGAUAUGAUUGUGGUACUUGUGACAUGGCUGUAUACUAGAGGGCCCGAGCUUAUGCCACAAGUCCUGGCAUUCAGAGCAUUACUCCUAAUCAGCCUCGCUCAAAUCAUCAUGAUUAUGUCGCGGUGCCUCUCAAUCGGAACUGUCUUCCUGAUACCAAUGAUGUCGGUCCUCGUAUCCCGGUUCCUGCUCAACAUCCGCGAGGCGGCGGACAGCACGUACCGGAUGCGGGCCUCUGACUUCAAUGCGACGUUGGAGGGCACCGAUUCGUCGGAGCUCUCGUUCGCGCUGCAGGAGGUUAACACCAAUACCACCACUGACUCUGAGCAGCUCACGUCCGAUCUGGCACGGACGUAUGACCACAUGGAAGGGUCAAGCACUGCCGUUGGCUCGGUCGUGUAGGGCUGUUAUAGUAGGGCGCGCUGCUCAGAUAUGUAUAAACCUUGUACAGUAUGAAAUCGAUGCUAUUCGGAUCCGGAGCCGUCUC